AUGCGUAAAGAUCACAAUGUGAAAGCCAGCAACUGGGCCUCGCAGCAGACCCUCUCACACACUUGGUCACGGCUGCUAAUCUCCGAAGAGGAUGCGGCAGAACCUGUUCCUGAUAACCACAAGCGUUUAUCUCCCCGUUCCAGGAGAGGAAAGGAUAUCAAGAUCUCCCUCUGCAAGCACGAGGGAAGGAAUCAACCGGUUUCCCCCUUGCCGUUCCCGGAGGCACCGCUGGGGCUGGCCGGCGGGAAGGAGAGGAAAAAGUGCGAGAGAGAGGGACAGAGAAGCCGCCCUCGAUCGGUGCCUGGAACCAGAACGCAGCGGCCCAAUCCGCAUCAGCCCCCCGGGGGCCAACUUCCUCCCCGCCGCGGCCGGUACUCACAGCUGGUUGAUGGCGUUCUGGGAGAUGACGGCGUCGUCGGAGAAGACCUGGCUGGAGAGCUUCACUGCAGAAACCGGAGAGGUGCGAAUUUUGAAGGACAGCUGCAUUCCGCGUAUCAUUCUGGGAAGUGCGAAUUAGCCCCCCCUUCUCUCUCUCCCCACCCCCACCCCUGCAGGAUCGGAAGAGGAAAUCCCAGGACAGAGGUCGGGCCCAGCAGUGGCGGCCAGUCAUUUCCGUGGCAAGAAAGUAUUUUAAAUAUGCCAGAAUCGUUAUCUCACAAGCGCACAUGUCAAGAUUCAGCCCAGCACAUAAUCUUGCAACGUAAACGGAGGGGCAGGGCUGUAUGCCAAAUGGUGGGGGAGCACUUCCUUUGUGUUCAGAAGGCCCCAGGUUCAACCCCCAACAUCUCCAAGGUGUGUAUGCUUCCUGUGUGGAGGACAACAGUGAUCAAGAGCAGCCAAAAUGUACAGAAAUGCACAGACACGUACCUCCUGGGCUGGAACCGGCAGUCGUCCUCCCCGCUGUCCGCCUCCUGCAUACACAAGAGGGGGGAAAAGGAAAUUAAGAUGCUUAUUAAGAGGCAGUGUGGUGCAGCGGUUAGAGUGUCAGACUAGGAUCUGGGGAAACCAGGGUUCAAAUCCCUAGUCAGUCAUGAAGCCCACUGGGUGGCCUUGACCCAGUCAUCCUCUCUCUUUCAGUCUACCCUACCUCACAGGGUUGUUGUGAGGAUAAAAUCGAGAGGUGGGGAGGAAGAGAAAUGCAUAUGCCACCUUGAACUGCUUGGAGAAAGAGGUGGGAUACAUAUAAUACAUAAAUAAAUAUUGUAGUUCUUUUAAAAACA